GACAGUCAGAAGUGAAACCGAAACCCCUUUGGAAUUCCCCAAACCUUGGCCUUGGCCUCGUCUCGUCAGGAUCCAUCCUUCUUCCGGCCGCCAUGUCGUCGUCCUCGUCGGCGGCGGCGCAGCAGCACCAGCGCUACUACUGCCACCAGUGCGACCGCACCAUCUCCAUCCCGCGUCCCGCCUCCCUCGAUGCCGACGUCCUCUGCCCCCACUGUUCGGGCGGUUUCGUCGAAGAGCUCCUCCAGGAACAGCCAAACCCUAGCCCUCCAACCCCGCCGCCGCCAACCCACCCCUUCUUCCCCUUCUCCUCCGCCAGCUUCCUCGACCUCCGCCACCCAAGCGACCUCGCCGGCGUCCUCGGCCCCCAAUCCCCCUCCGCUCCCCGCGCCAACCACUUCGACGUCACCGACUUCCUCCAUGGCCACCUCGGCGGCAUCCUCUCCGGCGGGGCCACCAUCCAGAUCGUCCUCGAGGGCUCCUCCGCCGGACCCUUCGGCCUCUCCGGCCUCGCCGGCGCCGGCGCCGGCGGGAUCAACCUCGGCGACUACUUCAUGGGAUCCGGCCUCGAGCAGCUUAUCCAGCAGCUUGCCGAGAACGAUCCCAACCGCUAUGGCACCCCGCCCGCCGCCAAGUCCGCCGUCGCUGCCCUGCCUGACGUUGCUGUGUCCGCCACCAUGAUGGCUGCCGAUGGAGGCGCCCAGUGCGCUGUCUGCAUGGACGACUUCGAGCUCGGGGCCUCUGCCAAGCAGCUCCCCUGCAAGCAUGUUUUCCACAAGGACUGUAUCCUGCCCUGGCUCGACCUGCACAGUUCCUGCCCUGUCUGCCGUCACGAGCUGCCCACUGAUGAACCUGAUCAUGACCGCCGCCAGGGAGACCAGCGCGCUGCUGCUGCCUCUGCCGCAGCGGCAGCAGCGGCAGCGGCUGAGGCAUCGCCUGGCACCCCUUCUCCCAGGGUGGCUGAGAGGAGGUUCAGGAUAUCUCUGCCUUGGCCUCUCAGGGCCGCCUUGGGUGGCCAGGUCGAGAGCAGCGAUCCAAGCGGCCAGGAUGCUAGUGGUAGCAACAACAACGAUGCAAGUGGUGCCCCUCGUUCCUAUGAUGAUCUGGACUGAAGCGCUUGCAAGGAAUUGGAGAUGAAGAGGAGUGGCGAAGGGACCAAAGGAAGAGAUGCAACAGAACUGAGCUCAAGGAAGGAAGGAAGGAAGCUAGGAAGGAAGAGAAGACUUUGGUCUGUUGUGUUGAUGGGUUAACUUGGUUUUAUACUGGAAAGCUUGACUGUUGGUUUGUUUGUUUUGAUGGGGGAUGCCGGAUGCUGCAUGGGAAGUGUGUUAUUAUUGCCAAGGAAGUGGCAGCCCCCCCCCCCCCCCCCCCCCCCCCAUAUAAUACAUGACAUGAAUUGAAUGGAAUGGUAUGGAAAUGGAUAUCUGGUAUAGUGAUUGCGCUUACCGCCUGCAGAUAGAUGAAUCUGCAGAUUGAUAUUCUUGUUCCUUGGUCUGAGGCUGUGGUGCGCGUGAUUGCGCCAGGAACAAGCCCCUGCCAUCAAAAGCUGUUGGUGGUGGCCGAUGUGCACUGCCAUGAAGCACUACCAUCAUCUGCUCAAGUAGACGAGAUAUUUUGGCUAGUAAAUUGGCCAGGCAUAAUAAUACAUGUUCAAUUGGCUAGGAAGGAUGGAUGUUCAAUUGAGUUGAGAAUGAGUUUUUGAGUAUUUAUGUUUUUAGAGAAUUUUUCUAUGUUGGUUAUUUGAUUCUUAGGGCUGUGAUCGAUUGUUUGCGAGGAAAA